GAUGAAUUAAACCAAGUUGAAUGGUGUGGACUCUAUAUUCCAGGUGUCUUCAGGUCAUUCGUGGUCAAUAUAUCUUCAAUUCUUCAGCAUCGAAAAAAGCUAUUCUCUGUACUGGAAUUCACCAUUUUCAUAAUUAAUGCAUGCUUUGGUACUUGCUAGUAUUUGGUAACCGAGGACACUAAUUCUCUCCUCAUAUCCUCUUUGCAACUCCAAACAUCACAUCCCUUCACUUACCUAACAUUAUUGGAAUCACCUUCUUCCUUGCGCUAAACCCAUUCAAAUUUUCCUUCUUACGUGGUAGUAGCAAGUAGCAACGUUGCAUGGCUUCGAAGCUAGAACAAACACUUCCAUUAAAACUUUUGGUGGACAGAAAGAAAAGCUGUGUAGUUAUGGCUGAAGCAAGUAAAGAUUUUAUAGAAACUCUGUUUAGUUUCCUGACUCUUCCACUGGGAACUAUCAUUAGGCUUCUGUCGAAGAAUAAGCUGAACGGGCAUGAAGAAGCUAAGGUUGGCUGCAUCAACAAUCUGUACAAUAGCGUGGAAAAUGCAACUGAUGAGGUUUUCUGGAACCCCAUAUGCAAGCAAAUGCUGCUUCGACCGCGAAACCCUUGUAGAGCUCUUUGCAGGAAACUGAAGCUGAAUGUGGAUGACAAUGAGCCCACAAGGCGCUUCAUUUGUAGUAACUAUUGUAAGAGAAGUAAUUCUUUCUUGUUAAGUGCUUUUUCAGGUGUUACUUGCAUCAAAUGUGGGAACCCGAUGGACAAAAAACCGAAGAUAAUGGUGAAUGAUUCCAGUAGUGAAGUAACUCAUCGUCAUGAGGAUGGAGUAUUUAUUAAAGGAGAAGCCAUGUACUUGAUUUUUGAUAAUUUGAAAGUGCUUCAAAGCUCUCCUAGAAUCUUUGUGAAGGAACUUGUCCAGCUUGGCUACAAAGAUUUCAACAAUUUGACAGAAAUUUAUCAAAAUGUUGGUCUGAAGGAGGUUUUGGACUUACUAAAGCAAGCAUUAAGCUCUAAGACUGCCCUCAGUGAUGUUUUCUUUGCAAAUGGAUUCUCUAAGGGGAUGUCCACUUACUCACCAAAAAUUGGACAAACCAUCAACCAUGGUAGAAGUGAUUACAGAAACCUUAAGGUAACUGUGAGCAAAUCCAAGAAGAAAAUACUCCAUGCCGAAGCUGAGGAGGAUUUUGUUGAUUUUCUAUUAAGCUUCCUUACGGCACCACUUGGAUCGGUUCUAAAAGUUUUGGAUGGAAAUGCUUCUCUGGGAUGCAUGGACAACUUGUACAAUAGUGUCAAGGAACUCAUUUCAUCAUGGUUCUUCACAGCAAAAAUCUUCUCCUUGCUGAAUCCACACGUAGCGCCCCAAUUUGGUUUCAAGAAAUGGCAGCCGUUACAGAUUCGUGAGAAAUCCGCUUGUGAAUACAAGUAUGACGAUAUCUCCGGAGUAUUGAUCCCACAGUUACUUGUCGAUAUAAACACUAAAUUUUAUGAACCAAGAUCCCCUGAUGGCCAGAAAGAAGUGGGGUUUGUGAGGAGGCCAUCGGUGUUUGUUGUGUGGGAUGAUCUGCGUGUGAUACCAAUGGCUAAUGCUUCCAGCAUUUCAUUUAUGCAAAAGAUGAAUAUUCCAUUCGAUGAUUUGGAGGAGCAUGUCAUCACAAUUGGGAAUGCAGAGGCACUAAACCUGUUGGGGGCUUCUUUGACAACCAAUGCUGCAUUGACAGAAGGCUUAUUCUACCUCUUGGAGAUGCCAAAUCAAGAUGCUAGAGCUUGAAACUUUCUCUAGUUGGUGAUACGUUGCUGAAUGAUUGAGCAAUACCAUGAUAUUUCCGUUUCUGAAAUUCGCCAACUAUGUUUGAGUGAGACAUGUAUGGUGUUUCUUAUUUUGGUUCUUGUACGUUGUUCUAAUUUGUAAGUCAGCAACUGCUAUUAUUUUUUUUUUCCAAAGUUAAUGGUAUUUUAUUCAAUCCUUGAAAAAAUACAUUGGGGUCCAUAUAUAGGACAGACAAAUGAAAACAAACAAAUAAAAUAAGGGUUCUCACAAUUCACUAAAAAUGAAAUGGAAAUAUUAAUAACUAAAGAAGAAGUGAAACGAAGAAAGGGAAAGGAAAGUCUAGCAUAUAGGGUUUAGAUUUCAUCUCUUGGGGUAACAGUAACUGGAGGGAGCUUCAACUGUCUUCCCCGGAGCCACAAUCUCCUGUUCAAAAAUAAAUUUAUUUCUUUCUUUCCUAGAUGAAAUCUAAUCCCUAGAUGCAACACUUUUCUUAUUCAUGGAUUGUGCAAAUCAGGGAGAAUAUCAUGUGUAUAGGAUCUUCUUGAUGAAAUGCAUGAGUGGACAACCCCUUAAUGUAUUCACUUGCAAUAUAUUAUUAGAUGCUUUAUGCAAAAUCCAACAUCUUGAUGAGACAAUUGCACUAUUUCAGAAAUUAUUGACAAUAGGGCAUCGUCCAGUAUUCUUUUGAAUGGUUUGUGCAAAUGUGGAAGAGUAAGGACAGCAAGGGAGUUUUUUUAGCAUCUUUUGAUCAAUAAUUAUGGUCUAAAUGUUGUGACCUAUAAUAUUAUGAUAAGGGGGCUUUGUAAAGAGAGUUUGAUUGAUGAAGCAGUGACCUUAUUUUCAAAAAUGAAAGGAAAUAAUCGUCUUCCUAAUGCUGUAACUUAUGAAAUAUUUAUUCGAGCUCUUCUUGGUAGAGAUGAGAAUGAGCAAGCAGUAAAGCUUCUUCGUGAAAUGAUCGGUAAAAGUCUACUAGUGAACAAUAACAAGGAGGUGAGAUGAAUUAUUUCAGAUUUUAGUGUUACCCUAGUUGGUGUUAGAGUAAGAAAUGACAUGGAACUAGCAGAAGACCCGUGUGUUGUACGGGUUGAAAACUUCUGUUUUCUGUUUCGAUUUUUUUUUAGUCUUCUUAGAUUAUCACUUUUUACAUUAA